CUCCCAUGUCCGGAAGUGGCAUUUGUUGAUGCCUUGAUGCAAACAUGUCGCUGAAUGUGACACUCGAGUUGAGUGGGGGAGCAGAGCUGCUCUUUAACAAGGUCAAGAAACAUGAUGUGAAUCUCCCGGACAGGAACGAAAAAUGGAACAUGAGGAGUUUCCUCCCUUGGAUCAGAGACAACUUAUUGCAGGAACGUCCAGAACUGUUCAUGCAGGGGGAGACUGUGCGUCCAGGAAUCCUGGUUCUGGUGAACGAUGCAGACUGGGAGCUGAUGGGGGAGCUGGACUAUGAGCUUCAGGACAAGGACAGGAUCGUGUUUAUCUCGACUCUACACGGAGGCUGACAGCUGGGCACCAAAGAAGACCCCAGUGUGGAUGUCCCAGUGUGAAAGUUUCACGUGUCAGUGUAAAUGUGACUGUGUGAAUGUUUCAAUUUUCAGUGUAUGUGUUUCACGUUUCAGUGUGGAUGUGCCAGUGUGAAUGUUUCAUGUUGCAGUGUGGAUGUGCCAGACAUUUCAGUGUGGAUGUGCCAGUGUGAAUGUUUCACGUUUCAGUGUGGAUGUGCCAGUGUGAAUGUUUCACCUUUCAGUGUGAAUGUUUCACCUUACAGUGUGAAUGUUUCACAUUUUAGUGUGGAUGUGCCAGACAUUUCAGUGUGGAUGUGCCAGUGUGAAUGAUUCACCUUUCAGUGUGAAUGUUUCACGUUUCAGUGUGGAUGUGCCAGACAUUUCAAUGUGGAUGUGCCAGUGUAAAUGUUUCACCUUUCAGUGUGAAUAUUUCACAUUUCAGUGUGAAUGUUUCACGUUACAGUGUGAAUGUUUCAUGUUUCAGUGUGAAUGUUUCAUGUUACAGUGUGAAUGCGUCGCCUCUGAUGCUGAAGCCUUUGACUGAAGGAUGCCUGGCAUUACCAGCGGUGCUUGCACUGAGAUUUUGCAAUAUGCCAUAUACCAAGGGAAGAGUACCGGCAUAUAUGUAUGAGCUGUUCACUCUCCUGGGAUACAAUGUGUGAAGCCCAUUUCUGGUGUCCAGGUGCUGAUAUUGCUGGAAUAUUGCUAAAAGUAGUGUAAAAACUGACGUCCUCAUUAUUCUCUCUAAUAGAAGCCGGGUCAAUUGUUCAGUGUAAAAUAUAGACGCCGGGCCUCCAUCUACGGAAAUCUACGAACACAAAAUAUUUCCAUUUCGUGACGAUUCAGGACAUUCGUGGUCAUAGUGAAAUGGGGGUAUUAAUAGAAGCCGGGCCUCCAAUAGACGCCGGGCCUCUAAUUGACGCUGGGUCAAAGGCUUGGCCGAAAUAAAUAGAAGCCAGGGCGUCUAAUAGAGGAAAUACGGUACUCUACAGCAGUGGAUGCAGGAUAUUGACUGUAGAGGGGUGCACAUAAUACCCAAGUGACUGAGCCCAGGGUGCAGCAGAUAACAUAGGUCUCUGAAAAAGGGGGAUCCACCAGUGGUUUAUUGCUCUACAAAAUAUAAAACAGUACCUUUCAUGAAAGUAUUUUGCUCAAUAUGAGUGUUACUAAACUUUGCAAUGGCUAAUCCAGUACAACGCUGAAUCUGAGCAUCACUACUUUAUGGAUACAAAGUGUAUUUCACCUGUUACUGAUAGAGUGAGUGAGUGAGUAUAUGGUUUUACACCGCUUUUAGCAAUAUUCCAGCAAUAUCACGGCGGGGGGGCACCAGAAAUGGGCUUCACACAUUGUACCCAUGUCGGGAAUCGAACCCGGGUCUUCAGCGUGACGAGCGAACGCUUUAACCACUAGGCUACCCGACCGCCCUGUUACUGAUAGAUGUUUCCUCACAGUUCACUGACAUCUAGCACUAACCAUCAUCAAUUGAAUAAACUGUGUAACAUU